CCUGUUAUUUUCUCUCCCUAUCAAAAGCUGCAUUUUACUACAUGACACUUAUGGACACUGACAGCGACAAUGUUCUUAAUGAACAAAUCAGACGACUAACCAAUGAAAACGUUCACUUGCAGGAUCGUAAUGAAAGGUUAUAUGCGAAGUUAGGAGAAUUACAGGAAAAGAUGGGGAAACUGGCAGGGUCAAAGACAGACCUCUCUUCGAAACUGGUGCUUAGUGAGGAGGAGAAGCUGAAGAUCUCUAAAGAACUGAUUGAAGUUCAGAUUGAGACUAACAAAAUUAGAGAACACUAUGAAGCUGAAACCUUUGAACUAAAAAAUACGAUUUUGAAUCUGGAAAACCAACUCAUGUCUCUAGAAUUGCAAAAAGAAAAGUUGAGUGGAGAAUAUACAAUAGUAAAAGAUCGUCUGCAUUCAGUGGAGAACAACCGCAAAGAUCUGGCUAAUGAAUUCAUUGUCCUGAAGAGCAACUAUCUGGCACUUAGAAAGGAGCACGAGAAAGAGGUUGCUAAAAAUGAUGAUCUGAGUAUGGAGCUUCUAAACAUCGCAAACAGUAGAGCACAUGAGGAUACAUUUUCACGUGCUCAGGCCAAUGAAGCAACUGCAGAACUGGAAAGAGUAAGAGCCAUGGUCAAUCGCCUCUCAGCCCGUAAAAUAAAGCCAGAAGAACUGGUAGCCUCAGAACAUGAGAGAAGAAAGCUUGAGAAAAAUCUUCUUGGAAACCAGGAUCAUAUCAAAGAAGAGAUCAAAAGUUUAAAAAACCUCCAUGAAGCCCAGCAGCAGAAACUAGAAGAGAAAGUGAUUGCAAUGGGCAGGGAGCUGCAAGAGGCGAAAAGAGCAAUUCGCAACACACAGCACAAGAUAGCAGAGCAGUCAGGAGUUCUUUUAACAUCUCAAAGCCAACUGAAAGAAAUAGAGGCAGAAAAUUCCCAUCUCCAGUUGCAGCUCAAGGAGUUAAAUGAAGAAUACCGUUCCCGACUAAACCGCUACAUUCAGGAUUUGGCAGAUUAUGUUGAUGGAACACUGAAAGGGGGUACAGCCCAUAAAUCACUGGUAGAUCCCACACGUAUUAAACAAUAUAUGGAGAGCAUGUUGAAUGAUAUCAAAGCAUCUUAUAGGUCCAGAGAGGAACAGCUUGCAGCAGCCACACGGCAAUACAAAAAGCGCAUGCAGAACAUAGUCAAGAGGCAUGAGAGUCUGCUUAUUGCAUACCGCAUGCAACGAGAGCAGAUCCUAGCUUUGGGAAACAAUAAUGUUGAUCCAGGACCUCCUGAGCAUCACUUCUUGAUCAUUGACCAUGAGAUGCAAUCCCAGCUUGGAGAAGAAUUAAACAAACUGCGUGAAGACAAAGCCCAGCUGGAAGCUAAGCUCUCAGAGCUGAAAGAGAAGAACAGGAAGAAUGAUUAUGCAGCAAUGUCAAAUCAAAAUGUGGGACAAAAUAAACAGCUUAAUGAAGAUACAUGGACAGAAAUACGGAAACAACUGCGCGAGUUUACUCACAACACACAGGAGGAUUUAGAGAAAGAAAGAAGUCAGCUGUUGUCUAGAGCAAUGGUGGCAGAGGAGCAGGUAGCAGAGUUGCAGGAAUAUGUGGAUAAACAUCUAGGACGAUACAAACAAGAGAUAGUGCGUUUGAGAAAAAUCCUUGGUAAUGAGGGCCCCCGAGCCUUCAGUGCCGAUGCUUCAUACUCAUUUCUAUUUCGAUCGCAAAGAAGGAAAAGCAAUGAAAUGUGAUAUCUCCAUCCGGCAGAAAUAUUUGCCGAAUUAGACUGAAGGAAUCAGCGUCCAUAGAUUAAGAAAAUUCAACCAUCUUCCAUAUCA